AGCGGCGUUUCGUCAUUUCUUCCACGCGGCCGCCGCCGUGACGUCGCACGCAAGCGCAGAGCCGACAGGGCUUCCUGACACCCGACGAGCAUCCCACCGAAAAAACUUUAGACAUUAGGAUUAAUCCCGUAGUUUUAGGUGAUUUGCGUCCUUUAUCAUGGGCCUGACCAUCUCAUCGCUCUUUAGCAGGCUGUUUGGAAAGAAACAGAUGAGAAUUCUCAUGGUGGGUCUGGAUGCUGCCGGCAAAACCACAAUACUGUACAAACUCAAACUAGGAGAAAUUGUGACCACCAUUCCAACCAUAGGUUUUAACGUAGAGACCGUUGAAUACAAGAACAUCUGCUUCACCGUGUGGGAUGUCGGCGGUCAAGACAAGAUUCGUCCUCUCUGGAGACACUAUUUUCAGAACACACAGGGUCUGAUCUUUGUGGUGGACAGCAAUGACAGAGAGAGAGUUGCCGAAUCUGCAGAGGAGCUUUCUAAAAUGUUGCAGGAAGAUGAACUGAGGGACGCCGUGCUGCUGAUUUUCGCAAACAAACAGGAUCUGCCUAACGCCAUGGCUGUCAGUGAACUCACAGACAAACUUGGGCUGCAGAGUCUACGCAGUAGAACGUGGUAUGUCCAAGCGACCUGUGCUACCCAGGGCACUGGACUCUAUGAAGGACUGGACUGGUUAUCCAAUGAGCUCUCCAAACGCUAGUGAGGCUGUUGGGGUGAGAUGGUGCGUAUGAACCACUGGAAAGGCUAGAGACUCCUCUUAGAAUUUUUAAGUGUGUGACAGAGCUGGAAACUGAGGAGAAAACAUCAAGCACUCUGCGGCUGUCUUAGAUUUUUCUUUCUAUAAUAUACUUCUUUGCCCAAGGUUGUCUAUUUUUUUCUUAUUUCUUUGGUUUUAAAUCCAACACAAAUAAUUUUUUUUGUCAUUUUGCGAGAGGAAAAAUGUUUUGAAGGACCUUUCUUUGCUAUGGCUUUUUCAGCUUCUCAGAAAGUCCUCAUGCAAAAGCAAAAACACUGGAGCCCCUGAUCAGUGAGCAGGGUUAUUGCUUUUGCUUUAGUCUGAUCCGCAUAGUUUAUCUGAGACGUUGUUGUCAAGCUCACUGGAGAAUCUCUGGGGUUAGUAAUAUUUCAGAACUGGACUUUACAUGUGGAGUCAUUUGGCGAAUCAAAGCCAAGCCUGUUCCGUCAAUAAUUCUAGAUAUGCAAGCUGUAAAGUUUGUUGCAUUGCAUCACCUGCUGUAGUGGAGUCCUGUGGUCCUUCUAAACAUUAUCUUUGUCUGCAUGAGUUUACUUCUUCUGGCUCUUGGUUUAAUUUCCCCUCAUCAACAGCACAUGGCAUGAAAAGGUUAAGUUUCUCUUAUUAGGUUAGUGUAUUUCCACACGAUCCGUUGUUGUUUGUGACAAAUGUUUGAGUGACCCAGAACACUGGUUUUGCUGUAGGUCAGAGUCAAAGGAAACAUGAUGUUCUUUAGCCACAAUGACGUUCUUUCCAUUAUAAUUUAAAGUUGAAAUCGUUUGACGUGUUUCUAUGUUUGUCAUGCCAUGUGAAAUGUUUCGCUCAGCCGUGUUUCUUGAGCUUAUCAUUAUUUGUGUCUGAAUCUGCUGAAUGCAGGUUUAAUGUAUCGAUGAAUUCCAUGUCUGGCUGAAAUGUUUUGCUUUCUUAAACUGAUGUGUAACAGAAACAUUCUAUUUUACCCUAUUAUCAUGACAAAUUUGUUUGUGUAUUAUAUGUAUCAUAUUGUUUUAGAAUAAAAAAUAAUCGUGAA